CCCCGUUGACCGCCACUGGCGUCACCGCCCUCUGUGUCCGUGUAUGUGUGUUUGGCAGCUUUACCCUCCCUCCUCUCCACCCGUUAUCGCUGCCUGAGAAGGGACAGAAGCGAAUCGGAGGGAGCUUUUUCCCGGCUCGCACAGAAACGCAGGGCUGGGAAAAGCUGCCAAGGUAGUAGUAUCCUCAGUGGGGCAAAGAGAGACCCGAGGGCAAGGAACAAGGCUGGCGGAGGAUGAGACAGCCAAGCACGCGCGGCACUUUGUUUUUAAUUGGAGAGCUGCACUGCGUAAAAUAAGGCAACAAUACCCUGGUGGUAGACGAAGAAAGAGAGGGGGGUAAGCAACCCUACUUUGUUCUCGUGUCAAAGGGCGUUUAGUUUUGUUUCUCCCCGCCCUUUCUUGACCUUAGUCCCCCGGCAGCGACCCAGUUCCGUGCACUCUCCCCUCCCCGCCGCCUCUCCCUCCGCUCUCUCCGGCCUUUCUCUCCCCCCUCCCCUCUCGCUGCUCAGUUCUAUGGGAGAAAAGCCGGUUGCUGUAGCGCCGGGCAGAGGGAACCAUCGAUGGCUGCUUUCCUUCCAGCACGGCAGUGGUGGUGGUGGCGGCGGCGGCGGCGGAGCCUUGUUUUUCCUACCCGCCGCCUCCCGCCUGGCUGGUCACGCCGCUGUCGCCCUCCGACGUGAGGCGAGGUCCCCCCUCCAGUCCCUUAGAUCCUGAGGGAAGAAAUGGGGUGGGACAGCGCCGGCGGAGGACUCCUCUGGCUGGGACUCACCUUCGGAGUAUUCUUGAGCCAGGCCUUUUGUCAGGCGCCGCCUCAGGGCUUUCGAUACGUCUCCUAUGAGGUGAUCAUCCCAAGGAGGAUGGCGCCCCGGCGCGGGCGGGAACCCCAAGACCUCACUUACCUCCUAGAAGUUGAAGGGAAGGGCCACGUGGUGCAUCUCAGGCAGAAGAGGGGCUUUGUUCCUAAGCAAUUUCCUGUUUUCACCUAUAGUAAGGAGAGGGAUCUCCAAGUGGACUAUCCUUUUAUCAGGGAUGACUGUUUCUACCAUGGGUUUGUACAAGGCAAGCCCUCCUCUUUGGUCGCCGUCAGCACAUGCUCCGGAGGAUUUAGGGGCCUCCUGCAGGUGGAAAGGAAGACAUACGAAAUUGAACCUAUCCAGGCAUCAGCUAACUUUCAACAUGUAGCCUAUCGGCUGGAAGAAGAGCAGGAUGCUGUCCAUAUGAGGUGUGGACUCACCAAGGAAGAUCAAAAUGGUCAGGAGGCCAUGAUCCAGGUCCCAGCAGCCAAAAGUGGUCCAGGAGCACUCGGGCAGACACGUACCAGAUACGCAAAGGUUGCAGUUGUGGUAGAACAUGAACUAUAUGUCCAUUCUGGCAAAAAUGAAACUCUUGCUGCUAGACGAGUAUUGGAUGCUGUCCAUAUUGCAGAUUCACUCUAUAAGCCUCUUGGCAUUCAUGUAGUUGUGGUUGGACUGGAAAUAUGGUCACAAGAGAACCUGAUAGUAAUUGCUAAAAGUAUAGAUGAACUACUUGACAUUUUCAAUACUUGGAGAAAAAUGACCUUCAUCCAGCGUCUAAGGCAUGAUGUUGGCCACUUAUUUGUAUAUAAGCAUUUUGGAGUUAAACUUGGAUUAUCAUUUGUAGGAACAGUGUGUGAUCCCAUUUGGGCCUCUGCUGUUGAUGUAUUUAUUACUUCUAGUUUGUUCUCAUUCACUAUAACUUUUGCUCACCAGUUGGGCCAUAACCUUGGCAUGCAGCAUGAUGAGAAAUAUUGCACUUGUAAUCAGCAUUCUUGCAUUAUGGCUCCAUUACAGAGCAGUACAAGUAAGUUUAGCAAUUGCAGUUACGAAAGUUAUUCUAUCCUAAUGAAGAGCGGUAGGAAACAAUGUCUGUUAAUUCCACCAGAACACGAGAAACUGUAUGAGCUCAAAAACUGUGGCAACAAAGUGGUAGAGAGUGGAGAACAAUGUGACUGCGGUUCAAAAUUUCAUUGUGAAUCUGAUGCAUGUUGCCAUUCUAAUUGUAUGUUGCGAUCAGGAGCCACUUGUGCUUUUGGAACAUGCUGUGCAAACUGUCAGUUUCUUCCAGCUGGAACAGUUUGCAGAGAAAGGACUAAUAUCUGCGAUCUUCCUGAAUACUGUACUGGAAUUUCAGAAUGGUGUCCUGAAGAUGUUUACGUACAAGAUGGAGCUCCAUGCUAUGAUGGUGCCUACUGCUAUCAUGGGAAGUGCUCUACUCAUACUGAACAGUGCAAAAUUAUCUUUGGCAAGCAAGCAGUAGUUGCCCCACUAGGUUGCUUCAGAGAAAUAAAUAAGCGAGGUGACCGCUUUGGCAAUUGUGGCAUUAUUCCUGGUAAUGUGUAUAAGAAAUGUGAAAACAGUAAUGUCUUGUGUGGUAGAGUCCAGUGCAUAAACAUCGAUGAAGUGCCUAAUCUGAAUGACCAUAGCGCCAUAAUACAAACUUCUGUUAGCAACAACUUGUGCUGGGGUACAAACCACCAGAGCGGAAUGGGUAGAGCUGAUAUUGGAGCAGUGAAAGAUGGCACACAGUGUGGCAAUGACAUGAUAUGUAUUAAUAGGGAUUGUAUCAAGGUGUCCCUUCUGAACUAUGACUGUAAUCAGACAAAGUGCCACAACAGAGGAAUGUGUAACUCUCAUAAAAAUUGUCAUUGUAACUAUGGUUGGGCCCCUCCAUUUUGUCUAAAUGAAGGCUAUGGUGGCAGCAUUGACAGUGGACCCCCUCCACCCAAGAGUAGCAAUUUAGGAAUGACUACGAGCAUUGUAAUAGUUAUUUCUCCUGCUGCUGCUGUUAUUGGAGCUGGGGUUGGCAUCAUAUAAGGAUCUUCACUGACGGAAGUGUUGAAAUUACCAUAUUUUACUCACUGAAGUGUCAGAUGGCAAACUCCAAUAAGUUCUCACAUUAGGACAAGUCCUAAAGUGUCUAACCUGAUAUUGCAAACACUUAGGAAAUGAUGAGCUUAUAAAGGAUUUCAUUCAGUGCACUAUACUGCAAGUAAUGCAUUUCAUUCCUUGUAAAAUAAGUGACUUCUAAGAAUAAUAAUUUAAAAAUCUGACUUAAAGUUCAUUUUCUAGGCUCAUCAGCUUAUGAAAAUACUUGGGACAUCCAGAUGGUAAUGUCUGAGGAUGAUGUCCCGCAGGGCCUAUCGUAACAUAAUUACUGUGGAGUAUCAUAUAAACAGAGCACUCCAUAGUGGAUUGGGGCUGCCCAAGGCUUAUUUCAAUAAGGCCUGUCUGACCAAUAUUUGCAGGUCAUGUGGAGGUAAUAAAAAUUGUAUGUUAGGGAAACCACUGGUUAAAAAUGUAGAAAUAAAUUCAAACCUGAUUAUUCCAAUUGGCACCUGUGUCUUUUUUAAAAAAAUGUACCUCUGCUCUGAAUGGAGGAGUUGAAGUUUCUUGUUGAAGGUGAAGUAUAUCAGUAGUUGACAAAUGGAGCUGUCUUCAACAUAAAAUUUUGGGUCCACAGGAAAGUUCACUGGUGCAUGCAUUUAAUAACAUUCCCUUGGAACUGGACAUUUACAGAGUUUGCUCAAAGAACUAAACUGGAUUCCUGGACAGAAGUGGUUCACAGUUGCAUCUUCAAGCAAAUUAUGUACAUGACCCAUUCUGAUAAAAUAUUUUCAUAUGUGCAAACCCACAAGAAUCUUUCUGAACAUCAUUUUGUGGAGGCAAAAUUUUCACUGAAACUAACUUUUGUAAGAUGUAAAUGAGAGAGGACUGGAAGCUUGAAAAAAAUCCAAGUAGCAAGGGAAUGCCAUCCAGAGA